UCUGCACAGUUACUGUAAAUCAUGGAGCAUUCAUUAAUCAUUCAUCCGUGUCUGACGAUAUCGCCACGGCGUGCAUUGGACGUAUUCUCUUUUCAGAGGAUGUACUGUACGGAGAACGUAAGAGCAAGUCCAGCAGCGCCCCGAAACCAUCCCCCAUCGUCAUUAUAGGGGAGAAAAGCAAAAAAACAGCCUCCAGCAGUUCCCCGAACGUCUUCCCUUUUUUUCUGCCUCCCCGAAAACGACCCCUCUCUCCCCUCUAUCUAGGGGAACAGCGACCUCCCCAAUCCCCUCCCCGAUUCGCUGGCCGGCGCAACCGCUGCCUCCGGAAAGCUCCGUCCCGCCACAACGCCGCCGCCGUCACUGCAUCAGGUUUAAGUAAUGGACAUCAGAGUUAUUUUGAACUUUUGCAAAGUGAUGUCGGAUUGAAUGAUUUGCACUGGACCGAAGAAGAACAAAUGGAUCUCGAAAAGGAUGAAGAAGAACAAACUGAUCUCGAAGGGCCUGCAGAACCUACCCCUCCUAUGACAGCAAGGUCUUUGAAAGCAAAGGGGAAGAAAUCAAGCGCCUCGAAACCAAGCGCUUCGAAGAGGCAAAAGAAUUUCAGCAAGGCUGAAGACUUAACUUUGGUGGAUGCAUACCUUGAGAUAACUCAAGAUCCAAUCAUAGGAGUCGACCAAUCUCGUGAUUGUUAUUGGAAAAGAAUCGAUGCUUAUUUCCAUGCCAAUAAAUCUGAAGACCAUGGUCGCACACAAGGUUCUCUUCAGCAUCGUUGGGCUAUUAUUCAAGAACAAGUGAAUAGAUUUUGUGCAUGUUAUAGUCAGGUCCUGAAUAGGAACCAAAGUGGGAUGACACGUGAAAAUAAGCUAUGUCAAGCGAUUGUUCUCUAUGCCAAUGGAGACAAGGCAAAUAAAUCAUUUGGAUUGAUGCAUUGCUUUAAUAAGUUGGAAGACACCGAGAAGUGGAAAUCUCGCCCAAAAAAAAAACAGAAGACAUCCUCCUUGGAUACUCCUAAUUCAUCAUCUGCUAGUUUGUUUGAGGAUGAAGCUACAUCUCCCUCUAAAGUUGUCCCCAAGAAAAGGCCACCUGGAAUCAAGAGGGCUAAAGAUGCAACAUGGCGGGCUCAAAGUUCUUCCAGUACAGUUAAUAGUAGUGCCAUGGAAUAAUUUGGGGGUAUCUUGGAGACAAGGGAGUCAAAAAGACAAGAGCGAUUUGAGCUCAUGAUUGCAAUGGACAAACAGAGAGAAGAAGAUAGGUUGGUAGAAGAAAGAAAGAAACUUGCAAUGCAAGAAAAAAAGAUGGAAUUAGAAGAAGAAAAGAUAUGAAUCA